AUGACCGAAGAAGACAGAAAACUCACUGUGGAGACGGAAACAGUGGAGGCACCCGUGGCAAACAAUCUUUUACUGUCGAAUAAUAAUGUAACGGUUACGAACCCCAAUGUUCCCUCAGCUUCCACGUCAACUUCCCCUCUGCACAGGGAGGCGAUGGAUGAUGCUGCGACUACCGCUAGCACCACGAAUAGCAACGCCGUUUUGGAGCAUAACGUAUCCAGCAUAGAUAACAACCUAAUGGACGCCGAUGCUUUGCCACAUAACCUUGCAGAUCAUUGGCACCCGGAUAUCAACAGGGCGGGUACUUCGAUGUCGACUAGCGAUAUUCCAACGGACCUGCACUCGGACCACAUCCCUUCUCUGUCGUCGAGCAACAACAAUAGCAACAACGCCUUGAUCAACCAUAAUCCUCUGUCAUCUCAUCUCUCCAACCCGUCAUCUUCCUUGCGAAAUAAAAAAAGCUCCUUGCUGGUAGCGUCUAACCCUGUGUUUUCUUCAGAUAUCGAACUGUCGAAAAAGAAGGCUCCACUCGUCUCCAGUAAUAUCCCUACAGGAAACACUGCUCUGUAUCAAACAGCAAGAUCGGCGAACGUCCAUGCUCCGUCUUCCACGUCGGCAACCAAGGCUUUCAGAAAGGCUUCCGCUUUCUCUAAUAAUACAGCCCCUAGCACGAGUAACAAUAUUACUUCAAACACGUCACCUGCUCCUCUUUUACCUUUGCCCUCUCUCUCUCAACAGAACAAGCCAAAAAUAAUGGAAAGGCCUACAAUGCACGUCACCAAUUCGAGAGAGAUACUUUUGGGUGAAAACUUGCUAGACGAUACGAGAACAAAAAUCCCUCUUGUAAAUACAAACACUAAUGAUAAUGAUUCAACGGCGAACGACGAUUCGCACAUACCGACCCACUCAAACACAGAUAAUAACGAAGACGAUGAUAAGACGAGGAAAAGCAAAAACAAAAAUAGCAGCAAUGAAAAUAGUAACAAUGACGCCAAUAACAUAUCUACUGCAUCCGCAAAAACUGUACCUCCGACAACCCCUUUCACGAGUGCUGAUAAUACCCAGGCCCUCGCUACCAAUAUACCCAGCAACAACAAUAAUAUUAAUAACAAUAUUGAUAAUAAUAAUAAUAGUAAUGAUAAUAAUAAUAAUACUAAGAAUAAUAACAGUAUUAAUAUCAAUAACAAUCAUAAUAGUAACAAUAAGAAGAAAACAAGCAAUAAUAGCGCAAGCAAUAACAACACCAACACGGCCAGCAAAGUGCCGAGUAAUGGUGCCAAGAAGGCCAAUUCUGAAGUAAGUGCUUCCAAUUCUAAUUCUAAUAAUAAUACCACAAGUGAAGAUUCGCAUGAUAUUUCAGAAAAGCCAACAAAGGCUGAUUUUUUCGCUGCAAGAUUGGCAUCAGCUGUGGGUGAAAAUGAAAUCAGCGACUCGGAAGAAACAUUUGUAUAUGAGUCUGCGGCUAAUUCAACUAAAAACCUGAUCUACCCUGAUUCUUCUACUCAGCAGCAGCAGCCGCAACAACAACAACAGCAACAGCAGCCGCAACAGCAGCAGCAACAACAACAACAGCAGCAACAACAACAACAGCAACAACAGAGCCAUGGUAUAACUUCCAAGAUGAGUGCUCCAUUAUUGAACAAUAAUAAAAAAUUAUUGAGUCGACUGAAAAACUCGAGACAUAUAAGCACUGGUGCCAUACUUAAUAACUCAAUUGCAAAUCUGAGCACGAACUUGAACUUGAAUCCUAGUUCGAUGCUAAACACUAACAACCUGACGUUGGGGCAUGGUCAUUUGGACGAGUUGGGCAGCAUAAAGCAGCAACAACAACAACAACAACCAACAGAUGUACAAUCCGUAGAUUCAUACACCUCCGACAACCCAGACAGCGGUAUUAUUCCCAAAUCUCCUGACAAGAGGUCAAGCUUAAUAUCCUUGCCUAAAGUUUCUCCACACCUACUUCCAUCUACUACAACUAACAGCAACACGAGUUCGUGCCCUAAUGUAGCAACAGGAUCACAGGACAUGGAAUCAAAUAACGAUAUUUCAACUAAGAAAUCGUUUUCCAAUUCGACCUUAAGACACUCUUCCGCCAAUCGAAACUCGGCUUAUAACGACAAUAAGAGACCUCUUAGAACAACCGUAUCCAAAAUAUUUGAUUCAAAUCUAAACGGCGCACCUUUACGAAGAUACUCUGGGGUGCCUGAUCACGUGAAUUUGGAAGAUUAUAUCGAACAGUCAAACAACUAUUCGACAAUCCCCAAUAGUGUCAAAAAGGAUGAAUUUUACAGCAGCAGGAACAACAAAUUUCCUCAUGGUCUAAAUUUUUACAACGAUCAUAACAUCAUUGAAGAAGAACAUAAUGGUGAGUUGGUGAAUCGGCCUCAACACCAUCAUAAUCUUCAGCAUGAAUUCAUUCCAGAGGACAAUGAAAGCGAUGAUAACGAUAUACACUCUAUGUUCUAUUAUAAUCACAAGAAUGAUUUAGAGACAAAGCCCCAAAUAUCCGAUUAUGGUGAAGAUGAAGACGCAGACGAUUAUGACCGUCAAAACGCGACUUAUAAUAGUUACUAUGGGUCCGAGGCCAACACACACGAAUUGCCGUUACACGGUAGAAUGCCAUCAAGAUCAAACAAUGACUAUUAUGAUUUCAUGGCUAACAACAACACAGGCAACAAUAACCAAGUGAAUGAAUACACCCCCUUAAGAACUAAACGUAUCCAAAGGCACUUAUCAAGAGCAAACAACAGCAUGAUGAAUGGUAGCAUUCAUAUGAAUGUCAGCGAUGAUAUUGCUCAUCCUAAUAUCAUCAAUAAUGAUAACGUCGGCUAUUCGCCACACAACUUUUAUUCGAGGAAAUCUCCCUUUGGCAAACUGAAGAAUUUCCUCUACGUUGCCUUUGUAAUAUCAUCAUUAUUGAUGACUGGGUUCAUCCUUGGAUUUUUAUUGGCCACAAAUAAAGAACUACAAGAUGUGGAUGUGGUGGUCAUGGAUAAUGUGAUUUCAAGCUCAGAUGAAUUGAUAUUUGACAUCACUGUAAGCGCUUUCAAUCCCGGGUUUUUCAGCAUAAGUGUUUCGCAAGUUGAUUUGGACAUAUUCGCCAAGAGCUCGUUUUUAAAAUGUGAUCCUAAUGGAGACUGUACCAUAAUAGAGCAGGAACAAAAGAUUCUACAGAUCACGACAAACCCCUCGCAUGUAGACGAGAGUUUCAAAACUGAUGUCAUUGGUGAAAAUAUAGAGACGGUGUUGUUAGGGACUGUCAAAACGCUAGAAACGCCAUUAAAAUUUCAAGGUGGAGCGUUUAAUAGAAAUUAUGAUGUCUCUGUAUCGAGCAUCAAGCUUCUAGACCCUGGAUCCUCUGAAGCCAAGCAUGACAACGACGAUGGCGAUGACAACAACGGCAGCGAUGACGGUGAUGAUGACGGUGACGGUGACGACGAUGAAAGCGGCGGUGAAGGUAUACAGGGGAGACAAUACAAACUCAAAACAAAUGUCAGAGAUGACAAAGAGGACGAUACCAAGAAGUGGAAACUACUCAUCAAGCACGACUACGAGUUGAUAGUCCGUGGCAACAUGAAGUACGAGGUGCCUUUCUUCAACACGCAGAAAUCCACGGCUAUCCAAAAGAACUCUAUGGUUCAUCCUGGUAAGAAAUAA